UCAAAAACAUUGUUAAACUUGAAACAAAUAUCUAAAAUGAACACCCAAAACGUUGUAAUCUGUGCCUUCCUAAUCUUUGGAUGUGCCAUCGCUGGCUCCAUCAAGGAUAAGAGUGAACCAAAAGCUGUUGUCACUAUCCAAGCAACAAAUAAUACUUUGGUACCGAACAUAGUCUACGUUGUCGAUGCUGUGGAGGCUUUGAAGGAAGCUUAUUCAGUUUACGCCGACGAAGCUAUGAUUGCUGAAGCUUAUUUGGAAUUGUACAACGCCAAACACGAGGGAAAUUGGAGCGUAGCCGUUGGUUACACCACGAUAAUCUCCAGAGCAACGAUCUACAUCGAAACCAGCGUCACCGAUGGAAAAUCUCUCCAAUCCGACAAAAAGGGAACCUUAUACAGGAUCUUCAAUUGAAUAUUCAACCGACGAUGAAAUUAAUAUAUUAACAGUCUGAUAAACGCUUAUUAAUUUAGAAUUUAUUAUGUAUAAUAAUGUAGUUUAAUAAAUACGUGAUGAAAAAUU